AAUUUAGUAUUUAAAUAAAUGCAACUUUAUAAAAGAAUAUGAUUAACAGUAACAAAAUUGUGUAAAUCAUAGGAUCAGUGAUCAUUUUUGCAUAACCUUAAUACUAUAAACAACGGUUAAUUUAAAGAUUGUUAUUAACAUUCAAUAUGUACUCUGUAUUACGAAAAUCUAAUAUACCGAUAAAUGUUAUUCGGAAAUAUGCUAGUACUGCUGUAAGUGAGACAAGUACAAUAGAGUAUCCACCUAUAUUAGAUACAUCUUAUAAAGCUACGGUUAAAAGAAAGGAUGAAGUCUGGCAUAAUAAAAUUAAAAAGCUAGAAAGUGUAGAAGAAAAAUUAUUUGGAAUUAAUAUGCCACGUUUCUAUGGUUGGAAAUCAUUGCAUUUAAAAGAAGGUUUUGCUCCAUACGAUUCAUUGGGACAUGCUCAAUAUAUUACACGAACUCAUCUUGUAAACACUCACGAGUUACCUGAUUUUUAUAGUAAUAUUAUCACAUCCGAACAAUUGGAUGCUUUGGUAGAAAUUGUUAAAAGCCAUAUAAAAAAUAUUCUUAGUUUUGAAUAUUACAAUAGGCUAAGAGAACAUGAAAUAACAAUAAAAACAUCAGAAGAUAAAAAGAAACUACAGGAUGAUGUUGUACGUACGCUUGUUUAUCAAAUCAACAGAAUCUUACUAACUACUUUGUCUUCUACUUUACCGCAUUUAUUAGAAACUCAAAUAGAUUAUGAACCAAGAGUGGAAGCAUUUUGGUUUGCGGGUGGCAUAGAUCCUCCAACUUUACUUAGAAAGGCAAAAGCAAACUUCAAACGUCAAAAAGAAUAUGCGGAUGACCCUGUUAAUAUGCCCGUUCAAUAUCUUGGUUCUCCAAUCCUACAAUUAAGACACGAGUUCCCUCUAAAAGAAAUUGUUUCGUCAGACAAAUAUACCAGUACAGAACUAAGUGUUCCUCAAUUUAAACUUGAUCCUAGGACACUAGGAUAUACCUUUUCAUAUAGACACGCUACAUCUAUACCUGGAUUUUGGCCUGGCGAUCCAGCUGAAUUUGGCUUAUUAUCUUACCAUAAUUCCAAUAAUUUGGAAAAUAAUUUGGAAAAUUUGCAAAAUAAUUUGGAAUAUUAUUAUGAAGAUUCAUACAUGGUGCAAGCUAUUUUUGCUUCAUAUAGUUGGUUGUUAUCCCAAGCUUCUUAUCAAGGUUUUUCUACUGUAAAUGAUAUAACGUAUCCAUUAACCACUCAAACGAUUCUGACAAAUGGUCGGCUGUGGUCGUUUUGUGUUUAUCAAUUAAAUACUACAUUAGUGCAUUCAGAAUAUGCAGAUGAAAAUCCUAAACGUAAUUUAUGUUGGAUAACAAAACCAACAAAAUUGUUUGAUACAGUAGAGGAGGGAAACAUUCAUGGGUUUAAUGAAGAUGUUUUAAAGACAUUACUUAAAUUUUAUGUCAAUGUACCCGAAGAAAGGUUUAACGUGAAUAUGAAACCGUAUUUAGGAGAAAAAGUGAAGCACCUUGCCGAUAUUGAAGAUCGUGAUCGCAGAGUCUGGUUAGAAAAGGGUUUUAAACAUAUCAUGUCAAAUAGACCAAGACAUUAUCAAAUUCCAGAGAUUCAUGCUUGGCAGAAAAUUUACUUGAUCGAUAAUAAAACUCGACCUCUGGACAAGAAACGCGAUCCAUGGGAGUUUGGUUACCGACCUAGAAAACGUAGAAUGGAUGAUCAUUUGCCAAUCUAUGUACCAAGAUGUUUAAGAGCGAAUCCGAAAAAACGUGGUAAAGAUCGUUGGGCAAAAACGUAUUAUCCAGAUGCAUAAAACGAUUGUUUUAUCUCCCUUUAGUGUAAAUAUUUUUAAUAAUAACAAGCCAAACAACUACUUGAAUUUUCAUUAAUAUAAAUAACUUAAAUCGA